GAUAUCAAAUUCUUCCCGCACUAGACCCAUCCAUGAUGGCCUCUCAUCCGCGCUCCUCCAGCAUCGAUCUGGACUCCCCCGAUCGCCCAUUCGAUAACAUCAUCAACUUCCGGGAUGUUGGUCGUUCCAUCAACCGACUCAUGGGGAAAAAGGUCUUGAACGAAGGUGUUCUAUUUCGCAGCGCAAGGCUAGAUGAUGCCUCGGAAAGAGAUAAACGGCGUUUAACGGAUGAACUUCAUAUAGCUACUAUUAUUGAUUUGAGGUCUACAUCCGAACACCAAAUGGCAACCGCCAAACUCCAUGCCGAAUCGGGAACGUCUGCUCCCCCCAAUAUCAACACAGACCAUCUAUUCCAAUUGCCCCAUGUCCGCCGGCAACUGAUUAGUCUGGCUGGGAAAGCCUUCGAGCGAUCAUUGCUAUGGCGCUUGGACUGGUGGAAUUUCUUGUAUGAAUAUCUUCCUUUCUUGGUUUCCCCCCCCCUCUCUAGGUGUAUGGGGUGGAUGAUGGAUAAAACGACCGGAAUAAGCAACGGGGAAACUAAUGAAGUCAACAGCAAGGUCCUUGCUCUCGCGGCGUCCGGGUACCGUAUAGAUGCAGUGAUGAUUAUCGGGCAACAGGUCAUGUCGCCUAGGGGUCUGAUCGGAUUGGGUCUGGAUAUGCUCGAUAGCAGCACGGCCGAGAUGAGAGAGAUCUUUGAGCUCUUCGCGUCGCAGAAUGACGGCGCGGACCGGACGUAUCCGGUUCUGGUGCACUGUACCCAGGGAAAGGACCGUACGGGGCUCGUGGUUCUGAUGUUGCUGCUUUUGACAGGUGUUGUGAGUGACGAGGCUAUGACGGCGGAUUAUGUGCAGUCGGAGCCGGAGUUGGUGGUUGAGGCGGAGGAGCGGAUGAAGGAGAUUCGGAAGUUGGGCUUGCCUGAGGACUAUAUCAAGUGUCCGGAUUGGUUUACAGUGGAGAUUAGGAGGCAUCUAGACGAGAGAUACGGCGGUGUUGAUGGGUAUCUGAGGUUCGUCGGGGUUGAGAAGAAGAAGUUGGAUGUCAUUCGAGAGGCCCUGAUUGCUUGA